AUGAAACUGGAGGCUGGAUAAGAGGGGAUCAAAGCUGAAUCUCAGUGCGCGUUUUGGAGUCGGGUUUUGGAGCAAGAGCGCACCAGGUGAGCGCACAAAACUCUCCAGACUUCACCUGUGAGGCUCGUGCUUAUCUCUGGACUGCUGGAUACGGCUCAUAGAUGAAAACCAGCCCCGGGGAGAGUCGUUCUGCUGCCCAACACCAUGUCGGACAUCUCCAACCACUCCAAAAAUGGCACACUGCUGGUCAGAGACUACAAUUUCCCUGCCUUGAUAUUUGGGAUUCUUCUGAUAGUGACCAUCACUGGUGGGAAUGUGCUGGUGUGCCUGAGUGUGUACCUGGAGAAGGCUCUGAAAACCACCACCAACUACUUCAUAGUCAGUCUGGCUUUUGCAGACCUGCUGCUGGCGGUGCUGGUUCUGCCACUGUUUGUUUACGCAGAGUUUCAGGGGGGAGUUUGGUCCUUGAACAUGCCGAUAUGUGACUGCCUGAUGACCAUGGAUGUGAUGCUGUGCACCGCAUCCAUAUUCAACCUCUGUGCCAUCAGCGUGGACAGGUUCAUUGCCGUGUCCAUCCCUCUGAACUACAAUCGUAAACACGUGGACCAACGUCAGCUCGUCCUGCUGUCGGCCACCUGGCUGCUGGCCCUCGCCGUGGCCUCGCCCGUCAUCUUCGGCAUCAACAACGUGCCGGACCGCGACCCCAGCGAGUGCAAGCUGGAGGACAACAACUACGUGGUCUACUCCUCCGUCUGCUCCUUCUUCAUCCCCUGCCCCAUCAUGGUCCUGCUCUACUUCGGGGUUUUCCGCGGGCUGCGACACUGGGAGGCGACGCGUAAGGUCAAGCUUCGCAGCAGCAUCGAGGCCUGCAGGAAGCUGCAGCACGCCACCGUCGCCACCGCCCUCCCCCCGCUGGCCGGCACCAUCCCCGGGCCGCUGCCCAUGCCUCUGCCCAGGAUCAUCGAGAGGGACUUGGCCCAGUCUCGGCUGGACGACAAGGACGACUACAUGCAGCAGGAGAUUCCUUAUCCCCGGCAGUACCGGGAGAACUCGGUGCCAACGGUGACGUUCAGCCAGCAGCUGCACAUGAAGAGGAGAGCCAAGAUCAACAGCCGGGAGAGGAAAGCCAUGCAGGUGCUACCUGUCGUAGUGGGCUGCUUCCUGUUCUGCUGGACGCCGUUCUUCGUGGUGCACACGACCAGAGCCGUCUGCGUGACGUGCGACAUCCCCCCCGCUCUGAUGAGCACCGUCACCUGGCUGGGCUACGUCAACAGUGCCCUCAACCCCAUCAUCUACACCAUCUUCAACACCGAGUUCAAGAAGUUCUUCAAGAAGUGUUUCCGCUGCUGCUGCUGACGGAGAACUGAGAGGUCAUGAAGGUCGAUUGGGGAGUUUUCCAGUUUGGCCUGUUUGUGGAUGGUGAUAUGUAUGAUAUUUCUGGGCACGUUUUAUCGUCUGGUGUUCUUCUUUCUUGAUCCUCUGGGAUUUACAGCCCAAACUAAAAUGAUGAUGUCUCGAAGGAAAGACAAACAUACUCAAACUCUUCCGUCUGAGAGGAGCUUUUCUACCACUUUCAGUUUGUCUGUCCGGCUCCUCUUUACUGUUGAAGUUAUGAUUCACCAGUUCCAGUAAACGACGUGGGAUUUGUACAGAGAGGAUCAUCUCAUGGGGGGAAAAAUGUCCUGAGGAGAUCGAAAAAGCUUCAGAACCAGAACGUAAAAAAAGCUGAAAGAAGACUUAAAAAAAAACCUUUAAAAUCCAUCAAUGAUUUUACUCUUUCUUAUAUACACUUAAAGGAAUAGUUUGACAUUUUGGGAGAUACGAUUAUUUGCUGAGAGUCUGAUGAGAGGACUAAUACCACUCUCACGUCUCUACGCUAAAUGUGGAGCGACAGUGAGCAACUGGUUAGCUUAGCUUAGCACAAAGACUGGCAGCAAAGGGAAACAGCUAGCCUGAAUCUGUCCCAUAACAAAAUACUUUUAAUCAUGGGGGAGAAACUUUCUGACAACCUGCCGAGACUCCAGGCUAGCUGUUUCCUACCGUUUCCAGUCAUUUUGCUAAGCUACGCUAACCAGGCUCCUUGCUGUAUGGAGAAGGGUGUCAAUCUUUUUUGUAAUUCUCGGCAAGAAAGCGACCAAGAAGACUUCUCCAAAUGUUGGAACUCAAGACUUUGAAAUGUAAAAAGCGACAAAACAUGAAGCGAAGUCGCUUGUCGAAAGAAAACCUUUCAUUGAUAAAACUUUUACAAGGAAUUCGAAGCAGAACUGGAGAGAUCAGAUACUUCCAGUGGACUGAAUCAUUGAUUUCUCAUCUGUUGAAUCAGUAAAAAAAACACUUCAUAAUGUGGAGCAAGGCACAGUUGGAACCAGCUCAUCAUGGCUCCUUAAAAGUAAUUUCAACACGUGUACUCAUAUAAAAAAUAUAUAUAUAUAUAUACUCAUACAAUAUUUAAUAGCAAUAUGCCUUAAAAUUCACAGGAUGUUCCGUCUUUCUGCUGCGAUAGAAGUCAAACUCUAACGAGAUCCUCGUUUUAUGUUAAAAACCUUUUUCACACAGAAAACACUCAUCAAACACCCGUCUGAGGCUGAGGAGUCCCGACUUCAUGGAAGUGACAACCAAUUUUUUUUUUUUUUCAGUGAUGUGAUUCAUUCUAGUGGUGAGAAUAUGACAAAUGCACGUCAUAUUAAAUCACACGAGGCAGGAGGAGAGGCUGAACAUCUUUCACUUCACAAUUUGAAAUGAUUCUCCUCUGCUUCUCUGAUAAGGAAGAAUAUUUAUCUUUCACUUAUUAUUUUACUACGGCAUUUUAUUCCUGCCACCAUGAUAAAAAAAUCAAAAAACAUUUUAUUAAAAAUAUAUAUAUUUAAACAAGAUCCUUUUCAUGGAUUUUGUUCUUGUUAUUCCAAUUUAUUCCAAACUAUUUUUCGUAUAAUAACAAAUGACUUAAUCGUGCAUGUUAUAUUUAGAGAUCUCUCAUUAUUGCACAAAAUCAACAUUUAAACAAGAAUCUUUUGACCACUGAUGAGGUGUCAACUUAAGCUUCUAUAUUUGCAGUUUGUUUCUAUAUUUGUUGUCAAAUAUGUGUUUCUCAGUUUGCUCAUGUUUCAUUUCUUUGCAGAAAUAAGAUUUGUACCCGAUAAACUCUCAAGAAAACCAGCUCUCAUCAGAGCAAAAUAACUUUCACAUAAUUUUUCUUAAACUCUAAACUAAAUUAAGUUUUGAGGGAAAACAAUCUUCUCUGGGAUUACGGUUGCAAUUUUUAACAGUUUGAUACUAAAAAAUGUAGGAAAACUACUUGGUUAUGUUUAUUUAAAAACAUCACGGUUUAGCUUAGAAUAAAUACGUCAGUGAAACAAAACAAAAACAAAAGUACUUUGUUACGUUUAGCCAAUAUUAUGUUUUCGGUUCACAAGGGACACAAACAGCAGCACUUUAUUUGUAAUACGUCAAAAGCAAACUUGAUCCACGAUCAAACUCAGUUUCCCUCCAAACAUGCAGUUUUGUUUGAUGGGAAAGUCAUUUUUAGGAGAUAGUGAUGCUCAGAAACACCUUAAUAUAGAAUAUUUACGUGAUAGGCAUGUAGCAAAAGUUCAAAAGUGCAGUAUCCAAUGCCGAGUUCUUUCAUUUUAACAACAUGUGGAACUUUCUUGUAAUAGCAAGAUAAAAAACAAGUGAUGUUAUUAAAAUGGAAACAUUUGGUAUCUAAUAAUAAUAAGAAAUAUAUUUCCUCAUAACAUGAAAAAUAUCCUGUGAAAAGAAUCUUGUUGAAAUGAAAAACUAUUUGAACUUUUUGAAGUUGCCGUCAUUGUGGCAGUAAUAACUUGCUUUCCAACUUCUUAAAAUCUAAUUUCCUUCCAAAAGUAUUAUUUCUGCUACAUGAAAUACAAAAUAUGAUACCUUCUCUGAUUUAUGAAUAUUUUUAGAGUCUCAUCUCAUAAGACUACUUAAAAAGUAGAAACCCACGUAGAAGACGGCAUUUUAUUUCUUCUCAAUAAUGAAUAUUUGAUACAUUUUGCUUUAAAAAAAUGUUUGUUUGAGGUUGAAUGAAACCUUUAAGUUGCUCUAAUAGAACAUUUAAGUGAUUCAUUUCCAGAUUGUGUCUUUAUAACGUUGCUCAUUAGAGUCAUCAUAUAUUUGUGUCAAGUUUUAUUAAAAAAAAGGUUGUUUCUUUGUUCUGAAACUGAAAGUAUUCUGGAUGCAGGAUGGCUUAAAUUUGAGCGGUAUUGUCCUUUAAGCCUUUUCUGCCUGUCACCACAGUAUGUUUGUUUGGUUACUGACUGUGCCUCUUGUACGCCAUAUCCACGUUUUAUGUGGAAACCUUUCUAAUAAAGUGUGUCAUCUUUAUGAUAG